AUGGGCAUUGAUUGUUACCACGAGGCUGGGGAUCAGUGGAAGACAGUUGUGCACCACUCUCCCGUGCGCUGCAGGCACUGCCGCCGGCGAGGCCAGCCGAUCGCGGGCUUCUGCCUGCGGCUGAACGAGGAGCUGAACACGCAGCUGCAGGCGGAGAGGCGCGCCUACAGUCGAGGUGGCUUCGGCAGCCCAGGGUCCAUGAUGGGCGGCCCAGGCUUCGGUGGGUGCCCAGGCGGCGGCGGAGGCUUUGGAGGCGGGAUGAAGACUGGGAUGGUGAAGUACUUUAACGACGAGAAGGGCUUCGGCUUCAUCAUCCAAGACGACGGAUCGCCUGACAUCUUCGCCCACAGGAACAACUGCACAGGCAACCCGCUGAAGGAGGGCGACCGGGUGACUUACGAGGCAGGCGUGGACGACCGCAAUGGGAAGCCGUGCGCCGUGAGCAUCUCGGGAGGCACUGGCUGCGGCAGCGGCGGCGGCUGCUUUGGCGGCGGGGGCGGCAAGGGCGGCAAGGGCGGCAGGGGCAAGGGCGGCGGCAAGAACGGUGGCAAGAACGGCGGAGGCGACUUCGGUGGAGGAGGCGGCUUCGGCGGAGGAGGCGGCUUCGGUGGCGGCGGCAUGGGCAUGGGUGGGCCUGGCGACCUUGGCCCCGGCCCUGGCGACUACGGGGGCGGCAUGCUGGGCGGCAUAGGCGGCGGGAUGCCCGACCCCUAUGGAGCGCCGCGGGACCCCUACGGCGGCGGCGGCCCCGGCGGCUUCGGCGCUCCGCCGAGCCGCGGCCUCGGCGGCUUCGGCGGGGCCCCGCCCGCGUACGGGGGCGGCCCGCCAGACCCGUACGGCGGCGCUCCGUACGGCGGCCCAGGCCCGAUGGGCGGCGUGCCGCCCCCUUACGGCGGCGCCGGCAUGCCCUACGGCGGCGGCGGCUUCAAGGGUGGCGGCUUCUGA